GGCCGUCGCGAAGUUUGUAAACCUUCCAGUAAUUGUGGUGCCGUCCAACAGUAAGGAACAACGAAGCCAGCAGCUUAGGCGCGCUAACUCUGGAGUGAAGAAGAAGUUUUCGUUUGAACAGCAGUGUUGUUGGCAAGUCAGCGGUUUGUUGGGUUGCAUCAGCGUGUUCGAUUCACCACCACACAAUGGGCUGCCUUCAUCUGGGUUGACUGACUAAAUAUCGGAACCGCUGGAAUGCCCUUACGGAACCCAGCUUGAGCAAACAUUAUACGGUUGCGACAGUUUGAAGAAUUUGUUCAGCUCUAUAGUCAAGUUCAGUUCAGUCGCCGCGCUAUCGCCAGAAGAAGAGGAAUAAUGGUCCUCGUUGCAACGUCGCGAACCUCGUGGAACUAUUGCUAUGCUAGUAAAUUGUUGCUGUUCAACCUCGCCCGAAGAAGAAACAACUCGUCGUCGAUGACCGGGGUCACACGUGCACGAAAUUGCGCGCCAAUUUGGAUCCAAAAGGACUCUACUACCCUAUCACCGGCGGACAAUCUAUUACCGUUGCUUUCGAAAACAGAUCAAUAUAAUCGACAGUUACUAUCGCGGCAAAUAGUGUUGAAAACAGACUUUUAGUUGUUAUUUUUCCGAGAGAAUCAGCGUAUGUCUGUUACUUAAAAAAACAACAAAAUCUAAAUCGUAGUGUUGGCGGCCAGAUAGUGAUGAUAUUCUGGUGAACGAGCAAGUCAUCAUCCCUCGGAGUUGUUACCGUUGUGUUUCGUGGAAAUAUUUAUAAUCCAACAUCAUCGCGCCGUCGAUCGACCACGUAAUCUCGCGUCUAGCUCCCGCGGCUGGAGUAUUUGAAGCGUGGACACAUUUCGAACACGUCUCACACGCGCUCCAACCGUCGUGCUGGAAAGGAUCGCUGCUGGAGCGACGGUGUUCAUCAGCCUUUGUGGAGGGCAAGGAAUGUGAAGGGAAAUGAGCCAAGCCAGCGCCCAUCCCGGUCGGUAGUUACGCCCAGACUGAGCCAAGCCCCGGCCAACCCGCUCCGUUGAAGACUUUUUUUUUGCGCAGAGAGUGCAGCUGCGCGGGGUGCGUUAUCAGUUUAAUAGGACAAACCCAGUGUGUUUGAACAGCAUCGCGAGAGAGAGAGAGCGAAUGGCGUUGACGACUUAAUUCAGACUUGGUACAAACAUAUUGGCUGGAACGUGCCCGUUGUUCAAGGGUUAUCAUCGCCGCCGAGAGUGAGUGAAGAAAUUCUAAGCGUUUUGAUUACGAGCAAAAGUGUGUGUGCGAACUAGGGAGUUUUUUUUCGGGGUGACCGACGGUCGAGGACGCCCCUAUCGCGGUUGACCUAGUCGAGCUGUGGCCGCAGUGAUUUGCGUGGUAGGAAAAGAAACGGCCGGAACGUUCUAAAUCGUUCGCCGAGGUUCCGGAUUCUAGAAAAAAAAGUCACGUAAUAAAAGUUUCAGUGGUGCGAUUGUGAAGAAAAGUUUUUAAUUAGCAAUAUAUUUGAUAAGGGAAAAAAGUGCUCAAAAUUCAACCUGCUACAUCAAAUGUACAGCAGAACCACCCUAGCCGGAUUCAAGAAGCACGGCCAGCAACACGUGGAUAAUCAAUCUCGCGGGGCGCGUUAUCGCGUUCGGUCGCCGACGCCAAAUCAAACAAAUUGCAUCACGAGGCGUCGUCUUCGUCGUCGCUGUCAUCGAGUGUCACCAACGUGCUCGGCCAGAAAAAAACGAAGAAAAUCCGCCGAGGAGCAGUUCCGGUGAUAGUGAAUCAAAAAUCUGGAACGCACCGCUCUUGCCGCAUGGGACACCGGAAGAGGGAUCACCACUACUUCAACAUGCGGAACAACAUCGAUACCCAACCGUUGGCCACGGUCCGGGGCCAGCAGCUGGAGCUGGGUCGGUUCCGGCCGGUUUUUAGCCACGAGGAAAGCUUCAAGCGGCUCGAGGACGAGGAGCAGGAGGAGGAGUACAUUGACGUGAUCGGGGAGUACCCGUCGUCGGAACCGGAACCGGAAGUCCUGGUUCCGAAGGCGCAGUCCCUGCUGGAGCAACCUCCGUCCAAGAUCUACUACGACAACAUCGAGAAGGAGUCCAGCGAUGGCGGAUUCUUCGAUCGGGACGACCUCGAGGACGAGGACGAACGCAACGAGCUGGUCAUCGACUGCAAGCUGCUCAACGGCGGCGGUGAACCCAGCGACCCCCUCAAGAAGAAGACUGACCUCAGAAUCUGUGAGCCCCAACCCAAACCUCAAAGCCAAAAGUUUCUCUUUCCUCCGACUGCGACGGCGACGAUGACCUCGGCCGCAGCACAGGAACCGGAAGUCGUGUUCAACUUUACCCUCGUGGACACCCAACUUGUGUACAACGAAUCAAAAUUGGUACAAAAGGACAACCCAGUCAUAUCAGUCCACAUCCCACCACCGCCGCAGAACCCAAAACACCCAGCGUCGAUGCUUCAACAUCACUUACAACAUAGUCAGCCGCAGCAGCAGCAGACGAGGAUCGCAAGUCAGUUGCGAAAUUUGAAGGAGGUGCGAACGACGAAGCCGUACUCCCGAUUGAUGCCGAACGAUCCCCGGAGGAUGUCCCGCGGUUAUAGGAGUGUGACGAGCGGAGUGCCGGUUAAGCGACUCGUUGGGCUGACCAUCGGAGAUCAGACGAUUGGGAGUAGGUCGAGAAAUUCAGCCUUUGCACCCCCUACGAAAUCUCACUACAUUGUCCGCGAGGCAUCGGUUCAGCAGUUACCAGCAACGAACAACAGCAGCAGCCGACGCCCUGUUCUUGUGCCAUCCUAUCCACCUCAAACAGUUGUGGAAAAGCUACCAAAGAAACCCUCAGUAGAUCCUCCAAUCCCUCACUCAUCACCCCAUCCACCACCACCACGUGGCUACGUCAAAAUUCUACCCCGUCGAGAUCCACCCCCACCCUCGGAACGACCCCGAACCGUAACAUACCUACCGGUCCAGUUCGGGUUUGGCUCCUCAGUGCUGCACAAUCUGUACGACGACCAGAAGCCACUCGACUUCUCCAAAGACUCGCCCCUUUGGCAGUACGAAGCCAUGCUCAAAGGCCCACGCGAGCAGCAACUGCGCCAAGGUUACCACAUCCUGAACUCGCUACCCAUCCCGAAGCCUCCGAAACCACCGCAGCGUGCCAUCCGACCCAAGCUCGUCCCCAUGAAGCGACACCCGACACUGUGCCAGCUGAGACGAUCUUCGGCGCCUCCUCCGUUACCCCGGCUCAAGGUUCCACCACCCCCACCUCCAACGGCCGUGAUCGACCUGGUCAGUCCCCCCGCACCACCUACGGAACCCCGUCCCAAACCCGCCGAGUCGUUCCGCGCCGCCAUGCAAACCCAAAUCGACGCGUUCUUCGUGCAACGCCAAAAGGAGAUUUGCGCCGCCCUGCGCAACUACAGCGACGAACGCAUCGACGUGGACCAACUGUUCGCGCAGCUGGAACAACUCGAGAUCCGGUACAACCGCGAUUACCUCGGCCUGGCCGGAAUCCUCAUCAAGCGGUACGGGUGUCGCUUCCGGGCCACCUUCCAGAUGGACUACAAGUGGCCCGAGCGGCCGCAGGACUUUGUCGAGUACUUUGCCAACCUGCGCCGCCAGAGUGACCUCAAACCGCGUGCCACCGACGCCACGCUGGACAUUUACCGGAUGGUGGUGGGCGGACUGCUCGAGCAGUUCCGAGCCUCGAUGGAGCACUUUCUCUCUAGCAAUCUGGAAGCGGUCGGAAGGCAGCAUUAACGGUGUCAAGUUGAUGCUCGAAAAUUGGAGAAUUACAGGGACCUACAGGGACUCUUGUUCGGUGCUCGAAUCCGUAGAAGAAAAUAAUUCAAUGUGCCUCGUUAGAUGAUUUUCGUUUUUAAUAAUAAGUAGGAGAAGAGACUCAUAUCUGUUUUUUUUUUUGUUUUGUUAAGCUUUUACCAGUGCAAAAGAAAAAGUGCGCAUAGAUGUGAUAUAGUGCCCUAAGUCUGAAGUAGCAGUAGCAGUUGGUAUAGAGAUGUGUAAAAAGUGUAAACGGAUAAGCAAUCUUUGAAAACACAUGUGUUGAUGGUGCCCGAAAGGACGGAGCACUUCGAAUAUUUUGUAAAACUAAUUUAAUGAAAUGCAAUUUCAUGUGCCUUCUUGUAA